GGGAAGCGUUUGGAGUUCUGCUCGUCCUGGUCCUAAAGCAGCUGGAUAAGGCUUUGGGGCUGGGCAAAACAACUUGUGGCUUCGGGGGAGAGAGAGCGAUCUUUUACAAUCCUAGCCCAGCCCUGCUCCUCUCCCCAGCCACAAAAAUGCCUCUGGGGCUCAGGAGAGACAGUAGGAGCCAGUUUAGACAUAUAGCUCACGGCCUUGUUCCUGCAGCUACCAUAGCACCUAGACCAGCAGUUCCUCGAACACCCCCACCUCGUAGUCCAGAUCCUUCUCCAGAAAGACCUAGAUCUGCCCUUGCUGCAGCCAUCCUGGUGUCCACAUUAACUGGAAGGACUUUUGCUAUUCCUCAGCCUAAAUAUCGGUCACAUUCUGAAAGUGAUGCAACAUACAUGGAAGAAGAUGGUGGCAUCAUUGAACCAUAUGCCACUAUAACUGAGAUAAGACCUGGACCAGAGUGGCCAGAUGGGAAGGAAAAAAAAUAUUCUUUACCAGCUUUUAAAAUGUCAAGCUACAGUGAGGAUGAAGAUGAAGAAGUUGAGACAUAUCUCUCUGACAAUUACAGAGAUAUUGAGCUCAGUACUCAGAAAAAAGAAAACAAUUUUGAGAAUGCUGUUUAUGCUGUUCCAAACAGAAAUAACAAGGACACAGAACCACUGAUUUUUAGAACUUAUACUAAACCUGUUUCUGAACAAGAUGAAUUCCCCAUUUUGGAAGUUGGGUCAGUGCAAAUGAAAGGUAACCAUCCUCUUCAAAAUUUAAAGGAUGAAAAAUUAUCUGCUGAAAAUGUAAUUUUUGAAAAACCUCCACCAUCUCCAGAUGUAUCUAUAAGACGACGUCGAGAACACAUGGAACUAAGUAAACAUAACUUUGAUGAAUUAAAACAACAAAAUUAUUAUCUAACCACUACAAAUGAGACCCUCGCUCAUGAGCUUGAAAAAAUUAAACAGGAAAUGAAAGAAUUACAUUCACAGUAUAAGGAAAUGGACAAAAAUAAUGAAACUGUGAAAGAGACCAAACAGAAUCCUCAAAAAAAAGCUGAUAUGGGUGAAUUUCUUUCUCUAAGACAAGAAGCCCAGGAGUUGGUGGAUGAAAAUGAUCAUUUGAAAAUGACAAUAUAUCGUUUGAACGUAGAGCUAAGUCGAUACCAGACUAAAUUCAGGCACUUAUCCAAAGAAGAGAAUAUAGAAAUCAAAGGUCUUCCAUUCAAGGGGUCUCCACCACCUUGGCUGGUGGAUAUAAAGUAUUUGUCACCAUUAAUCUUAGCCUAUGAAGACAGAAUGAAAGAAAAGGAUGAUCUAAAUGUCAUGCUUGAGGAAGAAAUGAAAAUGUUUAAGAAACGAAUAGAAGAGGUGAUAAAAGAAAAUGAAACACUUCACCAAGAGCUGAAUAAAAGUAGUCCUCUCACCAGUAAGGAAUGGCAUCAGCUACAAACUCAGGCCCAGCUUGUGUUAGAAGAAAAUAAAGUUUUGAUGCAACAGCUUGAAAUUCAGCAAGCCAAAGCCAAAGAGAAUAACCAGCAACACAGUCAAGAAGUUUCCAAAGUGAUUAAACAGCAAAUGCUUCUGGAAAAUAAAGUAAAGAGUCAAGAAAAGGCACUAGCUGAGAAUGAGCAUCAAAUGGACAUUUUACGCUCUAAAUAUCAAAACUUGAAAAUACAAGUGGAUAGCCAAAUGGAGAUAAAAGUUCAUGAUAAAAUUGUUAAUGAACUCAAAAGCCAAUUACAAAAGGAAAAAGAGAAAUGGAAUGCUGAAACUGACAAUUUGAUAGAAAAGAUGACAGAGCUGCAAACACAAAACAAGAGCCUGCUUUUAGACAAAAUCAAAUUGGAAGCCGAAAACAAGGCCCUAAGAGCUGAAUUGGAAAGGGCACAGAAAUUAAAUAGGGGAUCUCAAAAGCAAAUAGACCUCCUUCAGCAACAAGUAGAAGAAUCAAUAGAGAAAGAAGAGUUAACUCACCAAUAUCUGACAAAUUUUGUCAUUUUCACAAAUGCUAUAGCUCAGGAACGUGACAAUCUUAUACAAUUGACUCAAUGCCUAGAAAGUGAAAAGCAAGGAGUUCUCUACAAAAUAAAAGAGAAGAAUAUUCGCUUAGGAAAAUUAGAAGAAAAGGUGAAGAUGUAUAAAAAGAAAGCUGCUGUGAAACUGGGAGACUUCAAUCACAAAAUGACCAAGCAAGAGGAAGACUUUGCUGAGAAGAUUUAUCAGUACCAGCGAGAGAUGAAGCACCUCCAGCAGCUGCUGCAAGAUAAGCAGGAUGCUCUGGAAGAAGUGCUACAACAGAAAAGAGAGGUAGAAGGUGAACUUGAAGUGGUUUGGGAAUCUACUGCCAAAGAAAACCAAAGAAUGAAAGAGUUCCUGCAUACCACCUUUGGGAAGACACACUCAUGGAAGAAAGCCAGCAUCUAUGAAUCAGGCUUAAACCAGAUCUCCAAAGAAGAUUUAGUUGAAGGCUAUGCUGUUAGCUAUUGUGAGGUGAAGUCUUCUUCAGGCAUCCAAUUACCAGAAAUGCCUGCUUUACAUACCUUAUACCAGACAGAACCCAGUGAAAACAAAGACAUUACAGCCAAAUCAGAAUUUUUUCUCCAACAGGAAGCUAAUUUAUGUUGAAAAAGGAAUUGUUCUAUUCCUUAUGCACAAUAUUUUUCUCCUCAUAGCUGUGACAUUCUUUACUUCAUCUAAAAGGUGAAAUAAAUUGUCCAAGAAAUCUAAUUUAGAUUUUUAAAAAUAUUAUUUAUAUUUUUAUAUUGCAUUUUUAAAUCCUUAUAAUACUUUUUAUCAGGUAAAAUGUACUAUCCCAGUAGUCACUGUUCAAUUCUAAGUGUUUUUUUUUAAAUAAACAGGUAACCUAAGUAGGGAAAUUUGAGCCCUAAUCAUCAUCAUAUAACAGCAAGAAGUCGAAGUCUGUUAUAAAAUAAUUGUGUAUUAAGAAGGAGUACGGUUUUGUCAUGUUUUAGUAAGUAAAUCAUGUCAAGUAAAACUUUUGCCUCUGACCUAAUAAGCUUAUUUCAAUGAUAUGUGCACAAGUUUAUGUGCAUAGCACUCUUUAGCAGUGAUGGUUUUGAGUUUUGAUUUCUUGAAAUUAUAAAAUAACAAAACUUAUACAAGAGUAAUAAGAGGUUAUUUCUCAUGAUCAAACUGUUCCAUGUUAGCAUAGUUUGGAAAUUUAUAGAAUGUUAUUAAAUAUUUGAUCAGUUUUGUUGUGUUUUUAUUUAUGGCAUACCAUUUGCCUAUAUCACUAGAGACAUUCACAAAAAUUUAUUUUUAAAAGUCCUGCUUUCUGCUGUUUAGAGUUACAAAUAUUUGACAUGUAUAUGAACCCAUCCAUAAGUCAGUAUGUACCCAAAGUUUAGGUAAUACCUCUUAUCUCUGGGCUCCUUGAAACAGUCAUGGCAUUGAUUUAUAUAUUAUAUUGUAAAGAAAUUAUUUAAGAAUUGAAAGCUAAAAAAAGGUAGUAUUUCUUAGAAUUAAAUUCUGUUAUGAUAUACUUUGUAUAUUAAUGAGCUCUAUCACUGACCAUACACCAGUGUGUCAAGUACCAGUGCUUUUGUUAUAAGAUUUCUCUAUGUGGGAAUUACACACUUUCAGUGAUGCAAAUCUUGGACCAUGUACCUUUCAAAAAUUUUUUUCCCCAAGUGCCUCAUAUUUUUAGACAUUUAAAAUGGCCAGAAUUGUUAUCUUUGUAAUAUUCUCACUCUGUGCACACACACACGAAAAAUCAUAAGAUGUUGAUCUUCUGAUGUACCUAUAAUCUCAUCAUUAAUUAUUCAGAGAACAUUCCUUUUUGCUUCAGACUUUAUCAAGCUUGUUCAGAGCUCAAAAACACAUUUUUUACAAAGUAGGUAAUUACAGAGAAUAUAGCUCCUCUCAUCAGCUUGCAUAGUCCCUGGAAAUUGCUUUGACUGGUGACAUUAUGUUCUCUGUGUGGCAGCCAGAUUCUCCUCACCAACUCCUCCAUGUCCUCUAUCUCUCUACCUUUGCACAUGUCCAUCCUGGCUGUAAUUUACACUCUCCCUCUUUACUUCUCUUAGACUCUUUAGCUCCCUGCAUGGCUCAGCUCAUGUACCACUGUUUAUGCUGCUUUUCUCCUCCUCCUCCAAUUAUGGUGCAUAUUUUUUUUAUCCGUUUUCAUAUUGUAUUUCCCCUGGUAGAAUGUAAGCUUCUUGAGGGCAAGGACUGUUUUUCGUUUUGUCUUUGUAUACUGGAGACAUAAUACCUAAUUGGUCUCUAAUAAAAUGCUUAUUGAACUGGG